AUGAAUCCAAUCAAGAAGAGGGAUAUUAAAGAGGCUAUGAUGAGAGCAGAUCAGCUUGAAUUAGAGUGUACUAACCUAAAGAAAGAAAUGGCAACUUCGAUUUUGCAGAAACAAACAGCAGGAUUGGAGCGUUGUCGGGUGCAAGCUUUGGCUGAGGACUUGGUGAAAAGAUUUGCUCAAAUGAAUUCGAAGACAAUGACUCUCUCUGAAGGUGACUGA